CUGUCACUAGGCAGCUGUAAAGAAACCCCGUAGCAGGAACUAGUAGCCAAACAGCCGUUAGCAUCCAAGAUGGCGGGCGCAGACAGCGACGAUUCUCUUUACCCCAUUGCCGUAUUAAUUGAUGAAUUAAGGAAUGAAGACGUUCAGUUACGGUUGAACAGCAUUAAGAAACUGUCCACCAUUGCCCUAGCCUUGGGUGUUGAGAGGACACGAACAGAACUUCUGCCUUUCCUCACAGAUACCAUAUAUGAUGAGGAUGAAGUUCUGCUUGCUCUUGCUGAACAACUGGGAAACUUUACCUUGCUGGUUGGAGGUCCAGAAUAUGUGCACUGUCUCCUGCCCCCUUUGGAGAGUUUGGCAACGGUUGAAGAGACAGUUGUGCGUGACAAGGCAGUAGAGUCCCUGCGCAAGAUUUCUCACGAGCACUCCCCAGUAGACCUGGAAGUUCACUUUGAGCCCUUGGUAAAGCGUUUGGCCAGCGGUGACUGGUUCACAUCACGCACCUCUGCCUGUGGACUUUUCAGUGUUUGCUACCCACGGGUUUCCAGCACGGUCAAGGCCGAGAUUCGCCAACACUUCCGUACCCUGUGUUCCGAUGACACUCCCAUGGUGCGACGUGCAGCUGCCUCCAAGCUCGGUGAAUUUGCCAAAGUGUUGGAGUUGGAAUAUGUUAAAAGUGACAUCAUCUCUCUCUUUACUGCAUUGGCAUCUGAUGAACAGGACUCUGUCCGCCUUUUAGCUGUAGAGGCUGGCGUCAGCAUUGCCACCCUGUUGCCUCAAGAGGACCUGGAAGCUCUGGUAAUGCCCACCUUACGCCAGGCAGCAGAGGACAAGUCCUGGAGGGUCCGCUACAUGGUUGCAGACAAAUUUUCUGAUCUGCAGAAGGCCGUGGGUCCAGAAAUCACAAAGAAUGAUCUAGUACCAGCCUUCCAGAACCUUCUGAAGGACUGCGAGGCUGAGGUCCGUGCCGCUGCCGCAAACAAGGUCAAAGAGUUCUGUGAAAAUUUACCAGAGGACAGCAGAGAGACCGUCAUCAUGACACACAUUCUUCCCUGCAUCAAGGAACUUGUAUCAGACACUAAUCAACAUGUCAAAUCUGCACUGGCUUCAGUCAUCAUGGGACUCUCCACCAUCUUAGGCAAAGACAGCACCAUUGAGCAUCUGCUUCCUCUUUUCCUGGCCCAGCUAAAAGAUGAGUGUCCAGAGGUUCGCCUUAACAUCAUCUCCAACUUGGACUGUGUAAAUGAGGUUAUUGGAAUCCGCCAGCUUUCCCAAUCUCUUCUUCCUGCUAUCGUUGAGCUGGCUGAGGAUGCCAAAUGGCGAGUGCGACUGGCCAUCAUUGAGUACAUGCCCCUUCUGGCUGGACAGCUGGGUGUAGAGUUCUUCGAUGAGAAGCUGAAUUCUCUGUGUAUGGCGUGGCUCGUUGAUCACGUAUAUGCCAUUAGAGAGGCGGCCACAUGUAACCUGAUGAAGCUGGUGGAGAAAUUUGGAGCUGAGUGGGCUCAGAAUACCAUUGUGCCCAAAGUACUGGGGAUGGCCAAUGACCCCAACUACCUGCACAGGAUGACUACCCUAUUCUGCAUCAAUGCUCUGUCUGAGGCAUGCGGCCAGGAUAUUACCACCAAACACAUGCUUCCUGUAGUCUUAAAGAUGUCCAACGACCAGGUGGCCAAUGUACGCUUCAAUGUAGCCAAGUCACUUCAGAAGAUUGGACCGGUCUUGGAUAGCAACUGUCUUCAAACAGAAGUUAAACCAGUGUUGGAGAAACUGGCAUCGGAUCAAGAUAUGGAUGUUAAAUACUUUGCCCAGGAGGCCAUCAGUGUUCUUGCCCUAGCCUAAUGUACCUUCUUUCCGAAUGUGAAAAAUGCACCCUCAAGCUGACCUCCAUUGUAUUUAUUGACGUCCAGGAUCAUCCGCUGGACUGUUUAUGGAGAAUCAAUGUGUUUUGCUCCCUCGGUGAGAAAUGUUUUCGGGAAACUUGGCUUCUCUCAAUGUUUUGUUCGACUGUAGCUCUCGUCACCUUCAGCUGUGAAUGAAAUUUGACCACAUACAUUCUCGCUCUUCAUUCUUUACCUGCGAUAAUGCUGCUGUGCCCCCUCACUAGGUCUGUUUUCACCUGUUAAAGGGAUAAUCCAUCGUUUUGUCACGUUAAACUAUGUUAUAUUCUUAACUAAGAAGAGUUGAUCCAUACCUCUAUCAUCUUUAAUCUCUGUGGCGCGCAGCAACACUUUGAUAGCACUUAGCUUAGCCCAGUUCAUUCAAUGGUACAAAUCAGAGAUGAAGUUAGAAAGGACCAAACACAUCAACGUUUUCCCUAUUUGAAUUGAGUGGUUAUAUGUCCAAGUAUGGUGGCACAAAAUAAAACGUGGCGUUUUUCUAAGCGGGUUAACCGUAAUGUAUGGCGGAAUAGCACUUAAAAAAGUCACGCCUGAAAAAUCAGCUCCCCCGCUCCCUAUCAUUAUGAUAGUUUUAUUUUGUGCCACCAUACUUGGUUUUAAAUGGGGAAAACGUUGAUGUGUUUGGCCAUUUCUAACUUCAUCUUUGUUUGGUACCAUUAAAUGAACUGGGCUAAGCUAAGUGCUAUCAAAGUUUCAGCGCGUGCCACAGCGAUUAAGUGUACGCACUAAGAUGAUAGAGGUAGUUUAAUAUGACAAAACAAUGGAGUAUCCCUUUAAAGUCGCACCUUCUAGAUGCAGUUUUACUAUUCGCGUAACAGUGUAAUGACUACUUGGCCUUUAUUGCAUCAUAGGUUUAGCGAAGAUAUUUGAUUAAAUAUAUCGGUGGAGAUAUCAGUUAACCUGUAGUAACUUCAGUCGUCCUGAUGGUUGCAAUGUUGCUUAAGUGUUGCGGUAUGGCUUGAGUUUUGACCGACACGUGCGUAAAGCAUGGUAAAGGGCACAACCAUCUUUUAAAUAUCCUGUUUCGUGUACAAUGGUCCUAACGCUGACUGUUGUGGACCCCUGGAAGCACUAUUUGCAUGCCUCUUCAUUCAGUGGGCAUGCUCAAAUAUUGUUCUUCAGAUCUUCUGAAAGGGACCAGUAAAAUGUGACGUCCUUCCUGUAACAGACACUCAUUCAUGGUCCUUUAUAUUUUCUGAAAGCAAGUUUUUUUUUUGAACAUAUUGCACAUUUGUUUUUUUUUUAAAUGUUUAAUUUGUGUUUCAUAAAAAUGCAUUUCCAGUAGACAUUGAGUAGAACCCCAUUAACCACAGGGGACAUUUCUGAACUUUCUCUUAUGUUUUCAACUAACACAAUGUGCUUUGCCUGUGAUGUUGACCUCUGCAGCUUCUCUUCAGUGCUGUCAGUAAACUAGUAUCUUUCGUGUUAUAAGUGUCAUUAGAAUGUGUGCUAUGGAUUUUAUAUGAAUAUGGUCACAUUGCCCUUGAUAGAUGGGGAAACUCAAUAAAGAACAAUAUAUAACCUGA